ACCAACAUAAAUGCGCUCAGUAUACAAUUGAACGUAUAGUAAGUUGCAAGUGAAAUAAGCUAUUAAAGUACUAAUUUAUUACGUAUUUAGUUAAUUUUGCAACUUGACAAUUAGAUCGUCUUCAGAGUGAGCAGUAAUUUAAAUUUCAAUCAUGAAUUUGUCCUUUGCGGGUUGCGGGUUUUUGGGCAUUUACCACAUUGGUGUUGCAUGCUGUUUUCGCAAAUAUGCCCCUCAUUUAUUGUUAAACAAAAUAUCCGGAGCUUCCGCCGGUGCCAUUGCUGCCUGCUGUUUGCUGCUGGACUUGCCACUUGGUGAAACCACCAGUGAUAUCUUGCGAUUAGCCACCGAAGCGAGAAAAAAGUCUUUAGGACCUUUUAACCCUUCGUUCAAUAUACAUCGACUUCUAAUGGAAGGGUUGGAAAAGUUUCUUCCAGCUGAUGCCCACAUUAGAGUUAGUGGCAAACUGCACAUAUCUCUAACAAGAGUCUGUGAUGGUCAAAAUGUGAUAGUGACCCAAUACGACACCCGAGAUGAGCUAAUCCAAGCCCUUCUGGCUUCAUCGUUCAUUCCAAUUUUCUCCGGUUUGCUGCCACCCAAGUUCAAAAAUACGCGAUACAUGGAUGGCGGUUAUAGCGACAAUUUGCCCACAUUAGACGAAAACACCAUUACAGUGAGUCCAUUCUGUGGCGAAUCCGAUAUAUGCCCAAGAGACGAUAGUGCGCAAUUGUUCCAUAUUAAUGUUGCCAAUACCAGCAUCGAACUGUCCAAACACAACAUUUACAGAAUUCUUCGUAUUCUGUUUCCGCCUCAUCCAGAGAAGCUCGCCAACUUGUGUAAGCAAGGGUUCGACGAUGCUCUCAGGUUUCUGCACAAGAACAAUCUCAUCAACUGCACCAAAUGCCUAGCCGUUCAAUCUACGUUUGUCGUUUCAGACACAAUAGAGGAAAGUUUAGUGUAUGACCCACAGUGCAAAGACUGCAAAAUACACCGACAGGAAGCCCUCGUUUCCAACGUUCCAGAGACCGUCCUCAGCGUCUUCCAAGAAGUGAUAGACGCAGCAAACAAGGGCGUUUCAAAUUGGGUUUACAGACACAGAGGAAUGAAGCUGUUUUCUAUUUUGUGCCUGCCGUACACGCUGCCUGCUGAUAUGGUGUGUGCUACUUUUACAAAAUUGCGGAUCGUGUCACCUGAAGUGCCGAAAAUCACUCGUACGUUCGUAUUUCGAAAAGUUACAAAGUUUCAACUAGUUAAUUUAGUUGGAAAGCAGCGGGAUGUGCACUUCUACGAGCACAGACCUUGUCAAUCUUUGAUUUUACCGCAUGCAAACAGAACAUCCAACGGACCGCUCGUUCAUAAAAAGCAUGCUAUUGAACAAGGGGAAAGAAUGGUAUCAACAGUCCCACACGUACGCAACGCAUUCUGGGACCUCAGCAAAGUUCUGGCAGGUCAAGUUUCCUCUGUUUUAAAAAAUGUUAAUAAGAAAACGGAACAGUUGAGCGCCAAAAUCACUUGCCAUUUAGCUGUGACGGAGUAUGGAGGCGUUGAUACGAAUAUGGACAUCGAUCCCAUUCAGAACGAAAUGAACCUGAACUUCACCUUGGACUUGGACGACAGCGACUUGCAACAUCCCGAACACAAAUUCAACACCAAACAGCUCUUGCAACGUAAACCCAGUUUUACGAUCAACAAGACUGAUGAUUCAAUGGACGAUGAUACGUUCGAUCACAUUUUGGAAGUUACAUCUGAUCACGAUGCUGUUAUGGCGUACUAUUAUUUGGAUGAAAAUAAUAAGGUGAAAGUCACAGAAAUAUUCGAUGUAACCGACAGUGAGUCCUCAGCUCUUCAAACCCCACACGAACGGGAUCUUAACAAAAACCUAGAAUUCGAUGAUAUAUGGACCGGAUUGGAUUACCGACCAAAUGAACCUUUAGAUGAUCAGAUGUCCGAAUACUCAGUCGAAGAUGUGCUAGACAACGACAAAACUCUAUUUUCCGAUCCGGAAAGCGAAUGGGUUGGUUCUUGUACUGUAGAAGAACCGGAUGACGAACCCACUUAUACCAAGCAAUCAACCGAUGCCAGGCCUGAAUCAGACCGAACCACUCUUAGUGCUAGUGCUAGUGAAGUUUUAAAAACCAAAUGUACUGUUCCGUCAUUUUCCUAUGAGGAAAUUAACUUUUAAAUAGUGUUAAGCAAAAUGGAAUUGAAUGAUUUUGUCUAGCUUUGUUUAAAAUGAAAUUAUUUUCAAAGAAAAUGGAAUGGAAAAAAGCCUACUUUGUUAGUGUACGGGAAUAUGUGAUAUUGUAGGUCCGAGAUUGUUGGGUUAUUUAAUUGUUAAAAUUUCAAUUCAGCAAAUACGUAACAAUGCGCGAUUAGAUUAUAUUACGCUGUUAUUUCCAUAUUACAUAAAACUUUCAAAAUGUAUUCCUGUUAAUGCUGCAAUCAGCCAAGGUGGUAUUCUAUGGUGCCUAGUAGCAUUACAAUUCAAUGUGAUAUGAAGUGGUAGCAAUUAAGAAAAUUAUUUAGAGUAAGAUAUUCUAAUUUGUGAUUUGUUGCCAAAUAAUAAAAAAGGCUCUGUAGACAAAAUUCAUAUAUGAUACUAAUAGUAUUUAUAUAAUGAUAUUCUGAUAUUUAUGUAUUUUUUUAAUCUGUUGAUUUAUGAAUUAUUAACUUAUUGCACAAUAAAGUUAUGAAAAUACA